AUGGGCGCAAACUACACCUCCCGGGAGCGUUUGCGCCGCGCAGGCGUCAGACUCCAUUUGCUAGAGCGAGUUCGGGCCGGUGCUUGCGUCCGGACGCGAACGAUUCACCCUUGGGGCGGGAAAGGAAGGUCUGGGUGGCGGCCCAGUCCUGGCGGCACAGAGCUCUGCCAUGAACACAGUGAUGACGCCAGCGACAGAAACAUUGAAGAUGUACUGAGCACCAACCACACGCCAGGCCUACUUCAAGAGCUUGGAGUACAUUUUUCUGGCAGAAUGCUCACGGCAGUCCAGGGAGGCAUCAUUUGUGGCUUCAUCUACAUCUGGGGGCAUCAUCCACAGCUGGGGGCUUCAUCCAUGUCUGGGGGCAUCAUCCACAGCUGGGAGCUUCAUCCACAGCUGGUUUGCCUGAUCUACCUGGAAGCCUCCUCCCCACCUCGAGUUGUCCCACCUUUGCUUCGAGCUGUCCUGCCUUUCCGGACCGAACCAACGUUCAUCUUACGCCUGGUUGGUUUACACAACAUUGGACAGACCCGCUGCCUUAACUCCUUGAUUCAGGUGUUUGUAAUGAAUGUGGACUUCGCCAGGAUAUUGAAGAGGAUCACGGUGCCCAGGGGAGCUGACGAGCAGAGGAGGAGCGUCCCUUUCCAGAUGCUUCUGCUGCUGGAGAAGAUGCAGGACAGCCGGCAGAAAGCAGUGCGGCCCCUGGAGCUGGCCUACUGCCUGCAGAAGUACAACGUGCCCUUGUUUGUCCAACAUGAUGCUGCCCAACUGUACCUCAAACUCUGGAACCUGAUUAAGGACCAGAUCGCUGAUGUGCACUUGGUGGAGAGACUGCAGGCCCUGUAUAUGAUCCGGAUGAAGGACUCCUUGAUUUGCCUUGACUGUGCCAUGGAGAGUAGCAGAAACAGCAGCAUGCUAACCCUCCCACUUUCUCUUUUUGAUGUGGACUCAAAGCCCCUGAAGACACUGGAGGACGCCCUGCACUGCUUCUUCCAGCCCAGGGAGUUAUCCAGCAAAAGCAAAUGCUUCUGUGAGAACGGUGGGAAGAAGACCCGUGGGAAACAGGUCUUGAAGCUGACCCAUUUGCCCCAGACCCUGACAAUCCACCUCAUGCGAUUCUCCAUCAGGAAUUCACAGACGAGAAAGAUCUGCCACUCCCUGUACUUCCCCCAGAGCUUGGAUUUCAGCCAGGUCCUUCCAAUGAAGCGAGAGUCUUGUGAUGCUGAGGAGCAGUCUGGAGGGCAGUAUGAGCUUUUUGCUGUGAUUGCGCAUGUGGGAAUGGCAGACUCCGGUCAUUACUGUGUCUACGUCCGGAAUGCUGUGGAUGGAAAAUGGUUCUGCUUCAAUGACUCCAAUAUUUGCUUGGUGUCCUGGGAAGACAUCCAGUGUACCUACGGAAAUCCUAACUACCACUGGUAAGAAACAGAUUUGGGUAAUUGGAGU